AGCUGGCGCAGCUGCCGUGGUGGCAGCGGCUGAAGUGGCGGCGCCUGCGGCGGCUGCAACAGCUCCAGGCUCGGGGCUUUGGCGGCGGCGGCGGCGGCGCCGGCGGGCUGGGCUGCACGGUGCGGACCCCGGCGCGCGGUCCGGGUUGCUGGGGCGGCGCGUAUGCCUCUGAUGGAGGAGUUUCUGGGAAGUACCUCUGGGCCAGUGGCUUUGAACGAGAGCUCAAAGCAGAGACUAUUCAAAGCUCUGGACAUCGCAUCCUGAGGGCUGCAGGAGAAGAGAACAUGGCUGUGAGUUUAGAUGACGACGUUCCCCUCAUCCUGACCUUGGAUGAGGGUGGCGGUGCCCCACUAGCUCCCUCCAACGGCCUGGGCCAAGAGGAGCUGCCUCGCAGAAAUGGAGGCAGCUAUGCCGUCCACGACUCCCGGGCCCCCAGUCUAGGCUCAGGGGGUGAGAGUCCCCCAUCGAGCCCCACCGGACACAACUGGGAGAUCAACUAUCAAGAGGCAGCAAUCUACCUCCAGGAAGGCGAGAAUAAUGACAAGUUCUUCACCCACCCCAAGAACGCCAAAGCGCUGGCGGCCUACCUCUUCGCACACAACCACCUUUUCUACCUGAUGGAGCUGUCCACGGCCCUGCUCCUGCUGCUGCUCUCCCUGUGUGAGGCCCCCGCCGUCCCCGCGCUCCGGCUCGGCAUUUACGUCCAUGCGACCCUGGAGCUGUUCGCCCUGAUGGUGGUUGUCUUUGAGCUCUGCAUGAAGCUGCGGUGGCUGGGCCUCCACACCUUCAUCCGACACAGACGGACCAUGGUCAAGACCUCCGUGCUGGUGGUGCAGUUCAUCGAGGCCAUCGUGGUGCUGGUACGGCAGACAUCCCACGUGCGUGUGACCCGGGCUCUGCGCUGCAUUUUCCUCGUGGACUGUCGGUACUGCGGCGGCGUCCGGCGCAACCUGCGACAGAUCUUCCAAUCCCUGCCACCCUUCAUGGACAUUCUCCUGCUGCUGCUCCUCUUCAUGCUUAUCUUCGCCAUCCUUGGUUUCUACUUGUUCUCCUCUAAUCCUUCGGACCCCUACUUCAGCACCCUGGAGAACAGCAUCGUCAGUCUCUUUGUCCUUCUGACCACAGCCAAUUUCCCAGAUGUGAUGAUGCCCUCCUACUCCCGGAACCCCUGGUCCUGUGUCUUCUUCAUCGUCUACCUCUCCAUCGAGCUGUACUUCAUCAUGAACCUGCUUCUGGCCGUGGUGUUCGACACCUUCAAUGACAUUGAGAAACGCAAGUUCAAGUCUCUGCUGCUGCAUAAGCGAACCGCCAUCCAGCAUGCCUACCGCCUGCUCGUCAGCCAACGGAGGCCCGCCGGUGUCUCCUACAGGCAAUUUGAAGGCCUGAUGCGCUUCUACAGGCCCCGGAUGAGUGCCAGGGAGCGCUAUCUGACUUUCAAGGCCCUGAAUCAGAGCAACACAUCUCUGCUCAGCCUGAAGGACUUUUAUGAUAUCUAUGAGGUUGCUGCCUUGAAGUGGAAGGCAAAGAGAAACAGGGAACAUUGGUUCGAUGAGCUUCCCAGGACAGCGUUCCUCAUCUUCAAAGGAAUUAAUAUCCUUGUGAAGUCCAAGGCCUUCCAGUAUUUCAUGUACUUGGUGGUGGCCGUCAACGGGGUGUGGAUCCUCGUGGAGACCUUCACGCUGAAAGGUGGGAACUUCUUCUCCAAGCACGUGCCCUGGAGUUACGUCGUCUUCCUGACGAUCUACGGGGUGGAGCUGUUCCUGAAGGUUGCUGGCCUGGGCCCCGUUGAGUACCUGUCCUCCGGGUGGAAUCUGUUCGACUUCUCUGUGACCGUGUUUGCCUUCCUGGGACUGCUGGCUCUGGCCUUCAACAUGGAGCCCUUUUAUUUCAUAGUGGUCCUGCGUCCCCUCCAGCUGCUGAGGUUGUUCAAGCUGAAGAAGAGGUACCGCAACGUGCUGGACACCAUGUUUGAGCUGCUGCCGCGCAUGGCCAGCCUGGGCCUCACCCUGCUCAUCUUCUACUACUCCUUCGCCAUCGUGGGCAUGGAAUUCUUCUGCGGCAUCCUCUACCCGAACUGCUGCAAUACCAGCACAGUGGCCGACGCCUACCGCUGGCUCAAUCACACCGUGGGCAACAGGACUGUUGUGGACGAAGGCUACUAUUAUCUCAAUAAUUUUGACAACAUCCUGAACAGCUUUGUGACCUUGUUCGAGCUCACGGUUGUCAACAACUGGUACAUCAUCAUGGAAGGUGUCACCUCUCAGACCUCCCACUGGAGCCGCCUGUACUUCAUGACUUUCUACAUCGUGACCAUGGUGGUGAUGACGAUCAUCGUUGCCUUCAUCCUCGAGGCCUUCGUCUUCCGAAUGAACUACAGCCGCAAGAACCAGGACUCGGAAGUUGACGGAGGCAUCACCCUGGAGACGGAGAUCUCCAAAGAGGAGCUGGUUGCCGUCCUGGAGCUCUACCGGGAGGUGCGAGGAGCCACCUCGGACGUCACCCGGCUGCUGAAGGUCCUCUCUCAGAUGGAGAGACACGAGCAAAACUCCGUGGUGUUUCUGGGACGGAGAUCGAGGACCAAAAGUGACCUGAGCCUAAAGAUGUACCAAGAGGAGAUUCAGGUAGGAGUGCCCCUGCCCACGCUGCCUCGGCCCUCGCCCCGGCCGGCUCCUGCCUGGGGGUGGGCCUCCCGGCUGCCGGGCGGGGCCGCCCUCCCAGCCCCGUCCCCCCCGAGUGUGGAGCGGCGCUGG